CGUGUAAAAAUAUUUUUCCGUUUCAGAUAAAAAUAGAAAUGUAGUGUCCUCCUUCUUCCCCACCCCACAACAUACAACCCAUUACUUCUUAUCUAUCAUCAACUUCUAAUUAGACCAAAGUAUUUGCUAAAACGGUUUAUAUAUAUAUAUAUUAACUCAUAAAAAAGAACACGUUUAGUCGUGAGGCUAAUCUUAAAUAGUAACGAUGACAAAUUUAUCUUUAUUGCUGGUUUUCAUUUUACAAUUAUGUCUCGUGAAAUUGUCAUUGACAUUUGAAUAUUCACCAGUCGUACAAACUACCAAAGGACCGGUCAAAGGUCGCGUUUUUACUACUGUCAGAGAAUCUAAAAGAUAUCAUUCGUACAGAGGUAUCCCUUACGGUAAACCACCAGUUGGUUAUCUUAAAUUCGUAGGACCUAAAGAACCAAAUGCUUGGAAAGAAGUAUUCGAUGCUUCCAAGGAAGGUAACAUUUGUCCUCAAAUUGUGAAUAACAAAUUUUUGGGCAAUGAGGAUUGUCUUCAACUCAAUGUCUAUACUCCUCAGCUUCCUAAAAAUGGAACGGAACCUAAAGCUGUUAUAUGCUGGAUUUUUGGGGGUGCCUUCACUCAUGGAGAUAAUUUGAAAGAAUCUUACUCUCCUGAUUAUUUAAUCGAAGAGGACGUCGUAGUCGUCUCUAUUAAUUACCGGUUGGGUGCUCUUGGAUUCUUAGCAUUGGGACAUAAAAAUGCGUCAGGCAACGCUGGUUUGAAAGAUCAAAGUUUAGCCCUAAAAUGGGUUCAUGACAACAUCCACAAUUUUGGUGGUGAUCCAAAAAAAGUGACAUUGCUUGGUGUAAGUGCUGGUUCUGUCAGUGUUGGUUACCAUAUGCUUUCCGAACAAUCAAAAGAUCUGUUCCGUAGUACAAUUUUAAUGAGUGGAGUACCAUUAUGUUUCUUUGGAUUUGAUAGACCAGAGAAAGCCAGAAGUAAAGCUUUCCGUGUCGCACGGAAACUUGGAUUCAAAGGUUCUAGCACAAAAAAAUUACUUGAAUUUUAUUAUCACGUAGAUAUUCAACGUAUGACCGAAAUGGUCAAUAAUUUGACAGUCUUCAAUAUUCCAUUGCAACCAGUUCUAGAAAAUGCUAAUUAUGUUCCCGAUCCAUUCUUAUCUAAGUGUUCAUUGAAAAAAUACACAUCUGGUGAUUUCAAUCAUGGGCCAGUUAUGUUGGGUUUUACCAAAGACGAAACACUUGUAUAUUUGAAUUCAAAAGAAGGAAGAAAGGAAAUUAUUGAUAUUACUAUGACAUACGCUCAACAACUUCAUUCUUUAAAACAAGUCAAUCCUUUUUAUUCAUCCACGGCAGUUAGCGAUAAGCCUAAAAAAGGAAAAUUCACUCCUACGGCUUUAGAGUUUUCUUCGGACAUCGGUUUUAUAGCUCCGAUAGAUUACACCCAAAAAUUAUUGUCUAAAUUCAACGAUUCCGUUUAUUACUAUCAAUAUAAAUUCGAUUAUAACAACUCUCUGCACAGAAUAUUUUACGGCGUCGAUAAAAACGGUUCUGCGCAUGGGGACGAUGUUGCAAUGAUAUUUUAUUCGGAUCAAUUUAAAAUAGAUCCAAAGGCAAAUAACUCGAUAACGUUGUUACAAAAACGGAUGACUCGCAUGUGGACAAAUUUGGCUAAAUAUGGAAAUCCAACUCCAAAUGGGACCAAAGAUAAUUUAUUGAACAUCGUUUGGCCAGAUUCGAGAAGUUCCGGUAAGAUGUUGUGGUUAGACGAACAAUUGGAAAUACAUGAUCGAUACCAGGAUCCACUAGUCGAUAUAGUUGAAAAUGGUAUUAAACAUUUCGGUAGUCACCCUUUCGGAUGUGAGUUAAAAUAUACCAAGAAAACGGAUUAAGUGGUCUCAUACAAAUAAUUAAUGAAAUUGUUCUUUGGGUUUUAUUCAAAGUAUAAUUGAAUAUGGGAUACUUUGUAUUAUAAUGGUCUAUUGAAUUAAAAUAUUUUGUUGUUAUAUUUGAGUAAUAAUUUGAAUUAUCGAUUCAAGUAAUUCAAUUAAUUAAUUGUACAAUAUUAAAAAAAUGUAAAAUAAUAAAUU